AUGUACCCUAAACUCCAACUCCCGUCGGCCAAAAAAACCCUCUCCACCGCCGCUUCGCUGGCGGCGACGGCCAUGCUCAUCCGUUCCCUCGCCCACGACCUCCUCCCACACGAGCUCCGCCACCACCUCUUCACCAAACUCUGCCACGCGCUGAACGCGCUCUCCAGCGAGGUAACCCUAGUCAUCGACGAGUACGACGGCCUCGCCCGCAACCACCUCUUCCAGGCGGCGGAGCUCUACACGAGCGCGAUCGCGGGCCCCACCACGCGGUCCCUCCGCGCCUCGCUCCCCGACAGGGAGAAGAAGAUCCACGUGGCGGUCGGGAAGGACGGGGACGCCGCCGAUGAGUACCGCGGCGCGAAGUUGAGGUGGCCCGUCCCUCCCCGGCCAGGCGGGCAGGGCGGCGCGAAUGUCGAGAUCCGGCACCUCGAGCUGACAUUUCACAAGAGUCACAGGAGGUUGGUCGUCGACGAGUACCUCCCGUACGUGGUCGAGCGGUCGAAGGCCGUGAAGGAGGCGGAGAAGACUCUGAAACUUCACACUCUGAACGAAAGGAUGCAGGGGAUGGGCGGGAGCCUAUGGCAGUCGGUAAGCCUCGACCACCCGGCUAAUUUCCAAACCCUAGCGAUGGAUGAUGAGGUCAAGAGCACAGUAAUCGAGGAUCUCGAUAGGUUUCUGAAGAGGAAAGAGCUGUAUAGGAGGGUGGGAAAGGCUUGGAAAAGGGGGUAUUUGCUGUUCGGGCCACCGGGGACUGGUAAAUCGAGCUUGAUUGCGGCCAUGGCUAAUCACCUGAAGUUCGAUGUUUAUGACUUGGAAUUGGCUGAUAUUAGGACCAAUUCGGAUUUGAGGAGGCUGCUCCUUUGUACCGAGAAUAGGUCGAUUCUUGUGGUGGAAGACAUUGACGCGUCUAUUGACUUGUGUAAGAGAAACUCGGCUGUGAAGAAAGUUACCUUAUCAGGACUGCUGAAUUUCAUAGACGGGCUUUGGUCGAGCUGUGGGGACGAACGUAUCAUAAUAUUCACAACCAACCACAAAGAAAAACUCGACCCGGCCCUUUUACGGCCCGGCCGCAUGGAUGUCCAUAUCCACAUGUCAUAUUGUACCCCUUGUGGCUUCCAAUUGCUAGCAAAAAACUACCUGGGAACUACAGAGCACCCGCUCGUGCCCAAAGCCGAGUCACUGAUAGCUUCAACCAAAGUGACCCCAGCUGAAGUUGGCGAACAGCUUUUGAAAUGUGACGAUCCUACAAAUUCGCUCGAGGGCCUUAUUAAGUUCCUCGAGCAGAAAAAGGAGACUGAAGCACUAAACUUGGAUGUGACUAAAGGGGUUGAGUUGAAUUUGGAGACUGGUCUUGGUUUUGACGGGAUUAACAAAAUCUUGAAGAAAGCUAAAGAAGCUCCUGAGGAGAUGAGUGAAAGGAUACUUAAGAAGGAUGAGGCUGCUAAUGCAUUGAAAAUUUUGAUUGGGUUUCUUGAGGAGAUUGGAGCUGACAAGGUCAAAGAUUGUGGUACGAGUAAGAGUUCCGAAUCUUCUGAUGCGACUGUGUUAGAAUCUGGGAAACAAGACAAGAUCGAAAAUGAAGUGAGAAAUGAGAAUGGUGAUUUGGUUUUGAGUUAA